UUACCCGAUGGUUGCCGCCGCCGCAGCCACCGCCGCCGCCCUUGUUACCACCUGGCCCGCGGCUGCCUUGGUCCCCUCGCGCGCCACUGGCCAUGACCUCGCCGGACGGUAGAAGGGCGGCCUUACUAUUUAAACAUACGCUUACUCACAGACAGACGUUAGCUACAAGGAACCGGGAAGGGUUCGCGCCGCCAGCACCAGACGCACCGGCAGCCGCCGCAUUCGACGCACUUGACGCACUCAGACCCGACGCGCCACCACCAGCACCCGCAGCAGACGCACCACCACCACCACCACUUGGAGCAGACGGCGCAGCCACACUCACACUGGGCACCGCACCGCGACCACGCCCGCGCCCACCACCACGCCCUCGGCCCCGGCCCCGGCCCCCCCGGCCGCCACCACCCUGAGCCGCCUGGUGUGCCGCGCGAGACGAGUUGAAACUGUCCUGACCAUCCCAAAAGGACAAAGGAAAAAGGAGUGUGAAAUCCCGAAUUGCCCUCCCCUCCCCUCCCACCCCACCAUGUGCUGUGUCCCUCCCUCCCUCCCUCCCUCCCUCUCCUCGCUUCCUUGCCCAUAGAUCCCUCUCCUCGCUUCCUUGCCCAUAGAUCUCUCUGGCCGUGGCGCCCCGAGCCCACCUACCUGGUUGUAGAUGUGACGGUGUUAUGGGGUUGUGGGACGGCAGAAGGGGCCGCAAACACACACACACACACACACACAUGGAUCCAUCCAUCCAUCCAUCCGGUCAGUCGAGAGAUCUGCCGCUUACGGCGGGAGUGCCGCCCAGGGUGCGGUGGAUCCUGACGGAGUUGGGGUGGUCGAUCUGCGGGGAGCCGGCAAACGAGAGCCAAUGGCCAGGAAUGAAUCUCCCUUCACCACCCACGGCAGCCGCUCACCUGGUACUCGAGAUCGAGCGUGGCAAAACGAGGGUUGGGAUACAUCGCAAACAGAAGAAAGGAUCAGAACCUCCUUCGUCUGGCGCACGGCAGCACACACAGACACACAGACACACAGGCAGCAGUGUGGAUGGAUGGAUGGGUACACAUGUGAGUGCGCCAAACACGUACCUCGGCCUUGUCGUCCUUGUUGUCCUGAGGGGCCGGGGCAGCGCCGCCCUCAGCACUGGCCACAGCCGGAGGAGCUGCAUUCACCACACGUCAUCCCACACCAGUGUGUGUGCGUGAAGGAGAGCAUCAGCAUACAUAAAUACAUACAUACAGACGUGCGACCUUCCCGUACCCGUGUUGGUGCCGGCAGCCUGCUGGUUCAACCCCUGCAUGUCAGACAACACCAACGGACCGACGGACAGACAGAGAGCCGAGAGAGAUAUGUGAUGUGGUGUGAUGUGUAGAGAUUCGGGUAGCUGUGUCUGUGUGUGUGCCGGGUGUUCACCUGAGUCGUGUUGCCGUGAGCCGCGGGGGCAGAAGCGUUGCCACCAGUAGCACCGCCAGCACCGCCCUGAGUGUUCGAACCCUGCAUGUCAGAUGACACCAACGGACCGACGGACAGACAGAGAGCCGAGAGAGAUAUGUGCUGUGGUGUGAUGUGUAGAGAUUCGGGUAGCUGUGUCUGUGUGUGUGGCGGGUGCUCACGUGUCCAGCCGAGUUGGGUGCCCCCUGGUGGUGGUACAUGCCGACAACUGAUGAAGGCACACACAGGACGCAUGUACGUGUGUGUCGUCCAUCCAUCAUGGCGUGUGUGUGUUGUCGUUCCCAUCUGCGCACCAGGCAGCCCGGGGGCAGGAAUGAGGCUCCCCUGAACGCAUCCAUCCAUCACACACACACAUCCAUCCAUCCAUCCAUCAGGCAGUCAGGCAGUCAGUCUGUUUUGAGGUGGGUGGUGUCACUGGUGUGGGUAUGUGGGUGGGCGUUGGUUAGUGGCUGGCUGGCUCUUGGCCGUCCAUCCAUUACGUACGUCGGGACGCAAAUACAUGAACUGGGUGCGCUGCAACAACACACACAACACACAGCACACAGCACAAUGCGGUCAUCCAGCCACCCGUCGUGUGCGGUGCGCAUCGCAUGUGUGUGUAGGGUAGGGUAGGGUGUGUGUGGCUUGCUUACACGGCUAUCGAAACUCAGAUACGGCUGACAGAGAACGGGUCAUUGUCCAUGGCCUGCCUCAAUGACCGAAAUGCUUUCUUCACCCCUCCUUCCCACCUUGAUCCACCCAUCAAUAUUGAUGAGGUCGUCGAUGGGUUGGUUGACGUAGUCGAUCUGCCAUGGCAUGCAUGGAUAUAAUCCAUGUGAGCGAGCCGCUUUGGCGGAUCGAUAGGUGGGUGGAUGCGUUCGCCCACCUACCGGAUAACCCUGUUCAACAGAAGUACACAUACACACACACACACACAGAGAGACCCAUGACACCACAUGCGCACUGCGGCUCUCAGCUGGCUGGUCGGUGCGACGUGUGGUCUUACGUCCUUGAGAAUCUGCGUCGUAGCUAUGUGCGCCCUGUCCUGCAGGGGUUGCAACAAAGACAGAGAUCUCAUGGUGACAUUGCCGCACCAAGAUGGAGCUCCUCACCAACGGCACUAUGACACGCAAAUCAAACUGCACGAUGCAACCAGCCAAUGGACGCACACAUGACGUCCACAUCGCCCGCACCGACAGAGAUCUAUCUCUUCCGCCCAUCUGCCCGCUUUCGUGGCCCGCCUGCUUACCUUCCGCACCCCGAGAUGUAUGUAGUGUCCCUGGAUGUAGUAGCCUGGCCCGCCGCUGUGGGGAGGGGGAGGGGGACCGCCGCCCGAAGGACCGGGCCCACGCCGCCCUCUAAUCCCACACACACAGAGGGAGAGAGGGAGAGGGAGAGGGAUGGAUGGAUGGAUGUGUGUGUCAGUUGCUCACCUUCUGUUUCGAUCCGGCCGCCCGCAUUGAUUUUCUCGCAGAGCUCCAU